CGCCCUCGGCUGACCUGCGUGUCACGGGUCCCCUGUCGGUCCCGGCAACAAGCCCCCCACUGACACAAAGCACACCUCACAGCCUUGCGCACACGCAUAUCAGCGCGGCCCAAAGCACCUGCCACCCAACAACAGCCAAUGCACCCCGACCGGAAGGGGCUACCGAUAUCCAUCGUGAACUGCGAUACCGAGGCAUUCCAUCAUCAUACAUGAACAUCGCCGGGCCUUGAAUCGACAAAAGCGUGUCCAGGUCCCAAGGUCAUCGAACAUGGCCAGCAUGGAGAGCCUCCAGCUCGCGCAGAUGCUCGCCGAUUUGAGCGAUCUGAACGCGGCGCAAGAAUCCCAAGCCGCCCUUGCUGUGGUAAACGCCAACAAGACGUCCAGCUCAACGUCAGCACCCGAUGAUUUGAGCAAAUCCCCCGAACAACCCCGUCCACAGCGUCCAGGGCCUCGCCAUCACCAGCGCUCCGGCUCCGGCGGCUCGGUAGCCUCGGCGGGCUCGUCCUUCAUUUCGAGAACAGCCUCCCCAGCCAAGUUUGACAAGUACGGGCGGCGCAUUCUCACCCCGCCUAACACCCGGGCCAACUCGGCCUAUGGGUCCAUCCCAGGAACUCCGCGACGAGAGACAGAGACCGAUGAGGACGUCGACCGGGCUAGCACACUGAUGGCGCUGUAUGAACUCCGCGCGAAACUGAGAGAUCAAGACAGCAGUCGGAGCCUGAACAAACUGAGGGAGAAGGUUGCCGCGUUGCAUGCGAAGCAGGCGCAGAGCGAGAAGAAGGAUGGUGCUAGUGGGACGAAAUUCACGUAUCCGAAGAGCUCCUGAGCUAUGAUCGUGGGGCUAGCAAGGGAGCGUG